UCAUGAAGAUGUGGUCAUUUCUUCUCUAUCUUACUGUGGUAACAAUAGCAGUCAAAGGAUGUCCAAUAGGGCGCGAGUUCAUCACUGCUUUUAUGACAAAUUACGAAAUCGGCGAUGCCAGUCCAAACCUUGCCAUUACAGCACGGGAUUCCCCAGCAAUUGUGAAAGUGGAGGUGACUGGUAUAGGUUAUAGUGAAAAGGUAAAUAUAGCACGAGGUGAGACCAAAUGGAUAGCCCUUCCAGCAAAAGCUGAGCUUGAAAAUGAUGGACUCUUUCGUAGAACCGUCUCAAUCUCCUCUGAUGCUGACAUCUCAGUGGUGUCAUCUAACAUAAAGGAAUUCACUGGAGACACCAGUGUGAUUUACCCUGUAAACCAACUUGGCAGAAGUUAUGUCGUUUUCACUCCAGACACGGGCCCACUGCAAUAUAAAAAGCAAGUUGUCAUCGUCAACGGCAAGGAUAUGAACACAGUAAACAUUGUUUACCUUUCUCCCAGAAUUAGGCCAAAAACCAUAACUUUAAAUGCCUAUGAGGUUAUUCAGCUUCAAAGUUAUGAAACGUUGUCUGGAACAAAAAUCACAUCUACACUUCCAGUGGCUGUCCUGGCAGGACAUCAGUGUGCCCAGAUCGUGGGCACCUGUGAGCAUGUCUACGAGCAGCUGAUCCCGACCGAGUCUCUCUCCAACACAUACCUGGUUCCUGCAAUGCAUCUAUCCUACAGCAUAGACACAGCUUAUGUGGUUGCGCCAGAGGACAACACUGUUGUAUCCAUCUUCAGUAGGAAUCCCAGGCAACCACAGAAAGUAACAAUGGAUUCUGGAGAUGUUUAUCCUGUUCAUUUUGAAAGCAAUGCUAAAAUUAUUCAAAGUGAUAAAAAUAUUAUGGUUAUGUAUAUGAGUAGCAAUUAUCCCUAUGAUGAGUUUCUAACUAAUGUUCUUCCCACUUCUGAGAUGUCAAAAUCAUGGACAAUUUAUCCUCAAACUGGUUACGAUAACACAGCUGUAAUUGUUGCUGAAGCAGCAUCAGCCCCCUUCAUCACCAAAUCACUGAAGUGGAAAGUUUUCCCUGCAGACAGAAAAUAUGUAUGGGCUAUCAUGCCAGUCGGCUCACAGAAAGGACCCAUUACCAUUUCUGGAGAUUCACCAAUGGCUGUUUAUGUUUAUGGUGGAAAAGUAAGGUGUGGAUAUGCCUCAACAGGAGUGUGUAACACAGGUUCUGUGUCAAUUCCAGUUCCACCACCAGACCCCUGUGAGACUAUGAAAUGCCGUGAACGAGAAGAGUGUAAAAAGGGCGUCUGUGUCCCCACUUCCUUUGCAACGUGUCACGCUGUUGGCGAUCCCCAUUUUAAAACUUUUGACGGAAAGCUAUUUGACUUUCAGGGAACUUGUACUUACAUUAUGGUGAACAAUACAAAGCCCCAAAAAGGCCUUACACCCUUCACCAUAUUGACAAAGAACAACCACAGGGGAAACAACAGGGUGGCAUAUGUGAGGAUGGUUUCUGUCCUUGUGUAUAAUCACACCGUGGUGGCUAGCAGCAAAAGGGGAUUAGUAGAGUUUGAUGGUGAAAACACCUACUUGCCAUUUACUUUCGAUGGUGGAAAAAUAAAAGUUGAGCAGAGGGGAUGGGAUGUUAUUAUAUCAGCAGAUUUUGGCCUACAAGUGAAAUAUGACUGGAAUAUGAUGCUGUAUAUCACAGUUCCCAGCAACUAUUUCCAGACAGUUGGUGGACUUUGUGGAAAUUAUAAUGCUGACCGCAGAGACGAAUUUGCUGAUCCCAAAGGCACAGUGGUCUCGAGUGUCCUUGAGUUUGCCAAGAGCUGGAAAGUUCCAGAUAAAGAUCUAUUUUGCAAUGAUGACUGUAAUGGGCAGUGUCCAACCUGCUCUGCAAGCCUUCAAGAGCAGUACAGGCAAGAGUCAAAUUGUGGUGUCAUGGCUAAGAAAGAUGGACCAUUCGCUAACUGCCAUGCACUUGUAGAUCCCAACUUAUAUGUAGAAAAUUGUGUCUAUGAUGUCUGUAUAAAUAAUGGUGCUAGAACCUUCCUCUGUAACAACAUUCAGAGCUAUGUUGGCGCUUGCAUGUCAGUUGGAGUCAAGAUUACUGGCAACUGGAGAAUGAUUUCCAAUUGCCCACUGGAUUGUCCAGCAAACAGUCAUUAUGAGUCCUGUGGCACAGCCUGUCCUGCCUCCUGUGUGGAUCGAGAGGCCUCCAACAAGUGCACACUGGCAUGUGUGGAGGGCUGCCAGUGCAAUGAAGGUUAUGUUCGCAGUGGAGAUGAAUGCAUUCCUGUGAAAAAGUGUGGUUGCACCUACAAAGACAGAUAUUAUCCAGCUGAACAAUUAUUUUGGGGGGACAAAAAAUGCACAGAGAAAUGUGUCUGCAAUCCUCAGACUGGAGGGGUUGAAUGCAAAGUGACAAAUUGUAAAAAGUCAGAAAUAUGUGACACACGGAAUGGAGUGAGAGAUUGUUAUCCAUUGUCCUAUGGUACCUGCCAGGGUUUAGGGGAUCCACACUACCGAACAUUUGAUGGUAAAGCCUUUGACUUUCAAGGUACCUGCACUUAUUAUUUCUCCAAGCUAGUCAAUACAGCUGACCCCUCAUUGAUACCCUUUGAGGUCCUUGUCAAGAAUGAGAACAGAGGAAGUAACAAGGCAGUUGCUUUUACCAAGACAGUAUCAAUAAGUAUCUUUGGAUAUACAAUUGUCUUAAGUAAGGAUAAUCCAAAGCUAGUGAAGGUCAAUGAUCUAUUUGUGAAUUUGCCAUAUGAAAAAGAUGGUAAAAUCUACAUAUACAGCUCUGGUACUUAUGGUGUGGUAAACACCAACAUUGGUCUGACAUUGAAAUUCAACUGGAAAAACCAUGUAGUACUCACUCUUCCCAGCACUUACUCCAAUGUAGUGGGAGGGCUAUGUGGUAACUGGAAUGGAAACUCCAAUGAUGAUUUACGCACUCCUGAUGACACUCCUGCUGCAAACCCAACGCUCUUUGGUACCAGCUGGAAAGUCAAGGAUGACCCUGGAUGCUCAGAUGAAUGUAAGGGCAAGGUCUGUCCCAAAUGUGAUGCCACUGAGAGAUACAAGGUGACUUUUACCAGGCCUUGCAGCAUUAUCCAGGACAAAUCGGGGCCAUUUAGAGGCUGCCACGAGAAAGUGAAUCCCACUCAGUUUUAUGAAGAUUGUGUGUACGAUAUGUGCAUGUAUGGUGGACAUCCAUCAGCGCUUUGCAGUUUUCUCACCGCAUACACAGCUGCUUGUCAAAAUGCACUUGGAAAAGUGGAAUCUUGGAGAACUGACACUCUUUGCCCUGCAUCCUGCAAGGCCAACAGCCACUAUGAUGUGUGUGGAGCUGGAUGCCCCCAAACCUGCUUUGGGCUCACGGAGCCUAAGGGCUGUAUGGAGACUCCUUGUGUUGAAGGCUGUACAUGUGACAGUGGGUUUAUCUUGAGCAAUGGUGAGUGUGUGUCUAUUGUACAGUGCGGCUGUACUUACAUGGGCCUGUAUUAUCAGCUGGGACAAGAGUUCUUCCCUGAGGGCAAAUGUAAGCAAAAGUGCGUCUGCAAAGAAAACGGAAAAGUUCAGUGUGAGGAUGGAUUCACCUGCAGGCCAGGCGAGACUUGCAAGGUCCAGAAUGGAGUUCAAGGCUGUUUUCCUGAAGGCAAAGCAGUGUGCACAGUGUCAGGCUAUGGACUUUAUAAGUCAUUUGAUGGAAAAUCUUUUAGUGUGGAAGGAAACUGUGAGUAUAGAUUGGUAGAGAUGACUCAGAAAAAGGAUGAGAAGACAAGUUCUUUCAGUGUGUUAGUGAAACAGCAGUCCUCUUUUGGAGAAGCAGUCAUCACUCGAAGUGUCAAAAUACAGAUUAAUCAAUACACGUUUACUUUGCUGCCCGGCCGUAUCUGGGAGAUACAGGUGAAUAAUGCUAAAAGGAAUCUCCCUGUAACUGUGGAUGAAGGACUGGUGCAAGUCUAUCAGUCUGGUCUUUACGUUGUUGUGGAAACAUAUUUAGGAUUGAGAAUGACAUAUGAUACAGUCUCCAUGGUCACUGUUGAGAUCCCAUCAACUUUUAAAAGUGCAGUCACAGGUCUUUGUGGAAACUACAAUGAAAACAAAGAAGAUGAUUUUCUCCUGCCAGGUGGCAUUUCAACAUCUUCUGUGGAAAUCUUUGCUGAGUCCUGGGUUUCACCAUCAGACAGAAUGUUGUGCCAAAUCGGAUGCGGAUCCAAGUGUGUAACUCCUGACAAAGAUAAACAGACACAAGCAGAGACUUCUUGCAGUAUUUUAACAUCGGAGAAAGGACCAUUUUCUAAUUGUUACGAUAAAGUUCCACCCCAAACAUUUUUUGACGAAUGUGUUAAAGAUGUGGCAGCACAGUCAAUGGACACCACAGUUCUCUGUCGUCACAUACAAAGAUAUGUAGCCAGCUGUCAAGAGACUGGGAUUUCAAUCAAUAGCUGGAGGACUAACACCUUCUGUCCUUUCAAGUGUUUCAUGAACAGUCACUAUGAGCUCUGUGCUGACACCUGUACUUCCACCUGUGCCAGCCUGACUAAGUCGGAGAAAUGCCCACAGUGUCAUGAGGGAUGUCAAUGUGAUGAUGGCUUUGUUUUUGAUGGAGGUGAAUGUAAGACUUUGAAAGACUGUGGUUGUCAAAUAAAUGGAUUAUUUUACAAGACUGGUGAGGUAGUGGUUCUAGAUGACUGUGAGUCGAAAUGCCAAUGUAACGCUGGAGUGUUCUCCUGUGAACCUUUGGAUUGUGCGGAAGAUCAGAUCUGUGGCACAAAAGAUGGCGCUGUUGGGUGCUACAAAACAGAAACCUAUUGUCCAACAAACAGCAAAUAUGAUUCUUGUGGCACAGCCUGUCCUGCCACCUGUGUGGAACGAGGUGCCCCAAACAACUGCACGCUGCCAUGUGUGGAGGGGUGCCCGUGCAAUGAAGGUUAUGUCCUCAGUGGAGACAAAUGCAUGCCAGAGACAACAUGUGGCUGCACCUACCAAGGCCGGUAUUAUACUGGUGAGCAAGCAUUUUGGGGGGAUAUAAAAUGCACAGAGAAAUGUGUGUGCAAUCGUAAAACUGGAAAAGCUGAAUGCACACCAGCAAAGUGUCAGAGUUCUGAAAUGUGUGACACACGGAAUGGAGUGAGAGAUUGUUAUCCAUUGACCUAUGGUACCUGCCAGGGUUCAGGGGAUCCACACUACCGAACAUUUGAUGGUAAAGCCUUUGACUUUCAAGGUACCUGCACUUAUUAUUUAUCCAAGCUAGUCAAUACAGCUGACCCCUCAUUGAUACCCUUUGAGGUCCUUGUCAAGAAUGAGAACAGAGGAAGUAACAAGGCAGUUUCUUUUACCAAGACAGUAUCAAUAAGUGUCUAUGGAUAUACAAUUGUCUUAAGUAAGGAAAACCCAAAGAAAGUGAAGGUCAAUGAUCUAUUUGUGAAUUUGCCAUAUGAAAAAGAUGGUAAAAUCUACAUAUACAGCUCCGGUUUCUUUGGUGUGGUAAACAUCACCUUUGGUUUGACAUUAAAAUUCAACUGGGACAGCCAUGUAGUACUCACUCUUCCCAGCACUUACUCCAAUAAAGUGGGAGGGCUUUGUGGUAACUGGAAUGGAAACUCCAAUGAUGAUUUACGCACUCCUGAUGACACUCCUGCUGCAAACCCAACACUCUUUGGUACCAGCUGGAAAUUCAAGGAUGACCCUGGAUGCUCAGAUGAAUGUAAGGGCAAAGUCUGUCCCAAAUGUGAUGCCACUGAGAGAAACACAUUGACUUUUACAAAGCCUUGCAGCAUUAUCACAGACAAAUUGGGGCCAUUUAAAGGCUGCCACGAGAAAGUGAAUCCCACUCAGUUUUAUGAAGAUUGUGUGUACGAUAUGUGCAUGUAUGGUGGACAUUCAUCAGCGCUCUGCAGUCUUCUCACUGCAUACACAGCUGCUUGUCAAAAUGCUCUUGGAAAAGUGGAAUCUUGGAGAACCGACAUUCUUUGCCCUGCAUCCUGCAAGGCCAACAGCCACUAUGAUGUGUGUGGAGCUGGAUGCCCCCAAAACUGCCUUGGCCUCACCGGGCCUAAGGGUUGUACGGAGACUCUCUGUGUUGAAGGCUGUACAUGUGACAGUGGGUUUAUUUUGAGCAAUGGUGAGUGUGUGUCUAAUGUGCAGUGUGGCUGUACUUACAUGGGCCUGUAUUAUCAGCUGGGACAAGAGUUCUUCCCUGAAGGCAAAUGCAAGCAAAAGUGUGUUUGCAAAGAAAACGGAAAAGUUCAGUGUGAGGAUGGAUUCACCUGCAGACCAGGCGAGACUUGCAAGGUCCAGAAUGGAGUUCAAGGCUGUUUUCCCGAAGGCAAAGCAGUGUGCACAGUGUCAGGCUAUGGACUUUAUAAGUCAUUUGAUGGAAAAUCUUUUAGUGUGGAAGGGAACUGUGAGUAUAGAUUGGUAGAGAUGACUCAGAAAAAGGAUGAGAAGACAAGUUCUUUCAGUGUGUUAGUGAAACAGCAGUCCUCUUUUGGAGAAGCAGUCAUCACUCGAAGUGUCAAAAUACAGAUAAAUCAAUACACGUUUACUUUGCUGCCUGGCCGUAUAUGGGAAGCUCAGGUGAAUAAUUCUAAAAUGAAUCUCCCUGUAACUGUGGAUAAAGGACUGGUGCAAGUCUAUCAGUCUGGUCUUUACAUUGUUGUGGAAACAGAUUUAGGAUUGAGAAUGACAUAUGAUACAGUCUCCAUGGUCACUGUUGAGAUCCCAUCAACUUUUAAAAGUGCAGUCACAGGUCUUUGUGGAAACUACAAUGAUAACAAAGAAGAUGAUUUUCUCCUGCCAGAAGGCAUUCCAACAUCUUUUGUGGAAAUCUUUGCUGAGGCCUGGGUUUCACCAUCAGACAAAAUGUUGUGCCAAACCGGAUGUGGAUCCAAGUGUGUAACUCCUGACAAAGAUAAACAGACAGAGGCGGAGACUUCUUGCAGUAUUCUAAAAUCAGAGAAUGGACCAUUUUCUAAUUGUUACGAUAAAGUUCCACCCCAGAAAUUUUUUGACGAAUGUGUUAAAGAUGUGGCAGCACAGUCAAAGGACAACACAGUUCUCUGUAGUCACAUACAAAGAUAUGUGGCCAGCUGUCAAGAGACUGGAACAUCAAUUAAUAACUGGAGGAAUAACACCUUCUGUCCUUUCAAGUGUUUCAUGAACAGUCACUAUGAGCUCUGUGCUGACACCUGUACCUCCACCUGUGCCAGCCUGACUAAGUCGGAGAAAUGCCCACAGUGUCAUGAGGGAUGUCAAUGUGAUGAUGGCUUUGUGUUUGAUGGAGGUGAAUGUAAGACUUUGAAAGACUGUGGUUGUCAAAUAAAUGGAUUAUAUUACAAGACUGGUGAGGUAGUGGUUCUAGAUGACUGUAAAGCAAAAUGCCAAUGUAAUGCUGGAGUGUUCUCCUGUGAACCUUUGAAAUGUGAGGGAAAUCAGAUCUGUGGCACAAAAGAUGGCACUGUUGGGUGCUACAAAACAGAAACCUAUUGUCCAGCAAACAGCACUUACACGUCCUGUGGCACAGCCUGUCCUGUUAUUUGUGUGGAUCAAGAUGCCCCAAUCAAGUGCACGCUGCAAUGUGUGAAAGGGUGCCAGUGCAAUAAAGGUUAUGUCUUCAAUAGAGACAAAUGCUUACCAGAGACAACGUGUGGCUGCACCUAUCAAGGCCAAUAUUAUACAGGCGAGCAAGCAUUUUGGGGGGAUACAAAAUGCACAGAGAAAUGUGUGUGCAAUCGCAAAACUGGAAAAGCUGAAUGCACACCAGCAAAGUGUCAGAGUUCUGAAGUGUGUGACACACGGAAUGGAGUGAGAGAUUGUUAUCCAUUGACCUAUGGUACCUGCCAGGGUUCAGGGGAUCCACACUACCGAACAUUUGAUGGUAAAGCCUUUGACUUUCAAGGUACCUGCACUUAUUAUUUAUCCAAGCUAGUCAAUACAGCUGACCCCUCAUUGAUACCCUUUGAGGUCCUUGUCAAGAAUGAGAACAGAGGAAGUAACAAGGCAGUUUCUUUUACUAAGACAGUAUCAAUAAGUGUCUAUGGAUAUACAAUUGUCUUAAGUAAGGAAAACCCAAAGAAAGUGAAGGUCAAUGAUCUAUUUGUGAAUUUGCCAUAUGAAAAAGAUGGUAAAAUCUACAUAUACAGCUCUGGUUUCUUUGGUGUGGUAAACACCACCUUUGGUUUGACAAUGAAAUUCAACUGGGACAACCAUGUAGUACUCACUCUUCCCAGCACUUACUCCAAUAAAGUGGGAGGGCUUUGUGGUAACUGGAAUGGAAACUCCAAUGAUGAUUUACGCACUCCUGAUGACACUCCUGCUGCAAACCCAACACUCUUUGGUACCAGCUGGAAAUUCAAGGAUGACCCUGGAUGCUCAGAUGAAUGUAAGGGCAAAGUCUGUCCCAAAUGUGAUGCCACUGAGAGAAACACAUUGACUUUUACAAAGCCUUGCAGCAUUAUCACAGACAAAUUGGGGCCAUUUAAAGGCUGCCAUGAGAAAGUGAAUCCCACUCAGUUUUAUGAAGAUUGUGUGUACGAUAUGUGCAUGUAUGGUGGACAUUCAUCAGCGCUCUGCAGUCUUCUCACUGCAUACACAGCUGCUUGUCAAAAUGCACUUGGAAAAGUGGAAUCUUGGAGAACCAACACUCUUUGCCCUGCAUCCUGCAAGGCCAACAGCCACUAUGAUGUGUGUGGAGCUGGAUGCCCCCAAAACUGCCUUGGCCUCACCGGGCCUAAGGGUUGUACGGAGACUCUCUGUGUUGAAGGCUGUACAUGUGACAAUGGCUUUAUUUUGAGCAAUGGUGAGUGUGUGUCUAAUGUGCAGUGUGGCUGUACUUACAUGGGCCUGUAUUAUCAGCUGGGACAAGAGUUCUUCCCUGAAGGCAAAUGCAAGCAAAAGUGUGUUUGCAAAGAAAAUGGAAAAGUUCAGUGUGAGGAUGGAUUCACCUGCAGACCAGGCGAGACUUGCAAGGUCCAGAAUGGAGUUCAAGGCUGUUUUCCCGAAGGCAAAGCAGUGUGCACAGUGUCAGGCUAUGGACUUUAUAAGUCAUUUGAUGGAAAAUCUUUUAGUGUGGAAGGGAACUGUGAGUAUAGAUUUGUAGAGAUGACUCAGAAAAAGGAUGAGAAGACAAGUUCUUUCAGUGUGUUAGUGAAACAGCAGUCCUCUUCUGAAGAAGCAGUCAUCACUCGAAGUGUCAAAAUACAGAUAAAUCAAUACACGUUUACUUUGCUGCCCGGCCGUAUCUGGGAAACUCAGGUGAAUAAUGUUAAAAUUAAUCUCCCUGUAACUGUGGAUGAAGGACUGGUGCAAGUCUAUCAGUCUGGUCUUUACGUUGUUGUGGAAACAUAUUUUGCAAUGAAACUGACAUAUGAUACAGUCUCCAUGGUCACUGUUGAGAUCCCAUCAACUUUUAAAAGUGCAGUCACAGGGCUGUGUGGAAACUACAAUGAUAACAAAGCAGAUGAUUUUCUACUGCCAGAUGGCAUUCCAACAUCUUCUGAGGUAUACUUUGCUGAGGCCUGGGUUUCACCAUCAGACAAAAUGAUGUGCCAAACUGGAUGUGGAUCCAAGUGUGUAACUCCUGACAAAGAUAAACAGACAGAGGCGGAGACUUCUUGCAGUAUUCUAAAAUCAGAGAAUGGACCAUUUUCUAAUUGUUACGAUACAGUUCCCCCCCAGAAAUUUUUUGAUGAAUGUGUCAAAGAUGUGGCAGCACAGUCAAAGGACAACACAGUUCUCUGUAGUCACAUACAAAGAUAUGUGGCCAGCUGUCAAGAGACUGGAACAUCAAUCAAUAGCUGGAGGAAUAACACCUUCUGUCCUUUCAAGUGCUUCAUGAACAGUCACUAUGAGCUCUGUGCUGACACCUGUACCUCCACCUGUGCCAGCCUGACUAAGUCAGAGAAAUGCCCACAGUGUCAUGAGGGAUGUCAAUGUGAUGAUGGCUUGGUGUUUGAUGGAGGUGAAUGUAAGGCUUUGAAAGACUGUGGCUGUAAUGAAGAGGGAAGAUAUUACAAGUCAGAUGAGGAAGUUAUUGAGGGAGAUUGUGAAAGGAAAUGUGUCUGCAAAGCUGGAGUGUUCUCCUGUGAACCUUUAAAAUGUGCUUUAGAUCAGUUCUGUGGUGAAAAAGAUGGUGUUUUUGGGUGUUACAACAAAGACCUUUGCAGUGACCUUAAAUGCCGUGAGAAAGAGUACUGCACUAUAAACGACAACAAGGCACUGUGUGUUCCAGUGUCAAAGGCCUCUUGCAUGGCCACAGGAGAUCCUCAUUACAGAACCUUUGAUGGCAACCACUUUUCUUUCCAGGGGAUUUGCUCCUAUACAUUAGUUAAAACAUCAGGCAAAGACCAAACACUCACACCUUUCAGCAUUGUCAACAAAAAUGAAAUGCGCAAAGGUUCCUAUGGUUCAUACAUCAAGUCAGCCAGCAUCAAAGUCAAAGGACAUGACAUCACCUUCAUCCAAGGCAACAACAAUCAUGUGACAAUUGAUGGCAAAGUUUUAAACCUUCCUGUGAGUCUGACAUCUGAAGGCAUCAACAUAAUGUUGUCAGGGACUAAAGGAAUUCUGAAUACAGAUUUUGGCUUGGAGGUUAUAUUUAACUGGGCAGAUACACUCAUGGUGGUGCUUUCCAGCAGCUACUACAACAAUAUUGAAGGAAUGUGUGGAACCUACAAUGAUGACCUCGGGGAAGACUUUGUCACACCAACUGGAAACAUCAUGACAGAUAUCACACAAUGGGCAGCGUCUUGGAGUGUUCCUGAGAGCAGCGGCAACUGCUGGCACUUUCCUCCAUGCUCAGAGGAAAACAAGUUAAAAUACAGGGGACAAGGCUUUUGUGGCUUAUUGGAGGAUGCAAAUGGCCCCUUUUCCCAGUGUCAAUAUAUAAUAUCAAAGCGUCAAUUUGCUUCUGACUGCCUCUUCCAGAUGUGUCUCCAAGGUGGAAGCCAGAAGGUUUUCUGCAGUUCCCUCAGCAAUUAUGCAUCAACUUGUGCACUGGCACAAGCUGGUGUUUCUCCAAAUUGGAAGCAGCUAGCUAACUGCUGAUGUGAAGAAAUGUGUUUUUACCAAACAGAGUGAAUAUCAAAUGUACUAAAAAAGAGUUAAUCAAUAAAAUAUGUUUGCCAUUGCUUUAAAAAUCUGAAAUAAUCAUAAAAUUAUGUGGGAGAUAAGUGGGAGUUUCUUGUACUCAUGUACUGUAUACCAUCAACUUGUACUCUGAAAAGUCUAUAAUCUUUGGAUCAUUUUCUCUAAAAUUGAUUUAUUCUUAUGUAUACCUCUAUAUUUUGUACAUUGAAUAAAUACUUGAUUCAUCUU